CCCCGCGAACAAUUUGCACUUCCCCGCUAACAAUUUGCACAAAUUCACCGUUCUUCAUUCCCAUCCCAUCCCAUCUAGCAAUUUCUUAUGCAAUUCUAUAUGCAUGACAAAGUUGUUUUGAUCAUCCAACUCUUCUUUGUUAGGGCUAGACUAUGAACAUGGACAGAGGACUGAUAUCGGUGGACCGGUGGGCAGACGGCAGCCAGGCGUAUUUCCUAACUCACCUCCACGCAGAUCACACCAACGGUUUGUCUUCAUCUUGGAAGAAAGGACCUCUAUUCUGCUCACACAUUACCGCCACCAUCUUCCCUAUAAAAUUCCCCAAUUUCAAUCUAUCUCUUCUUCGAGUACUUGAAAUAGGUCGCUGGCACUCUAUCUCUUUGGUUUCGCCGUUAACUCGAUCUGAGACCAUCGUUAAUGUUAUGGCCAUUGAUGCUCAUCAUUGUCCGGGUGCAGUAAUGUUUUUGUUCCGUGGUGAUUUUGGUAACAUGCUUUAUACUGGGGAUUUUCGGUGGGAAAGCAAUAGUGAGAGAGCAGUAAUUGGAAGGAGCAUGCUCCUUGGUGCUCUCAAAAAUGAUAAACUAGACAUUAUUUACAUGGACAAUACUUAUUGCCAUCCGUCCUAUACUUUUCCCUCACGAGAAGUUGCUGCAAAGGAGGUUGUUGAUAUCAUUGCUGCUCAUCCUGAACAUGAUGUUGUCAUUGCCAUAGACACUCUAGGAAAAGAAGAGCUUUUGCUUCAUAUUGCAAAGACACUGGAUAUCAAGAUAUGGGUGUGGCCAGAACGCCUGCAAAUAAUGCAUCUUCUUGGAUUGAACGAUAUCUUUACCACUAGAACUUCUUUAACUCGUGUUCGAGCAGUACCUAGAUACAGUUUGAGUUCAAGCACCUUGGAGGAGUUGAAUAUUUUGCGCCCAACCAUAGGGAUUAUGCCAUCUGGUCUUCCAUGGAUGAUGGAAGCUUAUAAAGGAAAGAAGGCCACAUGGCUGCCUCAACCUUCUCAAUAUAGUGGAAGCAAAUUGAGUACAAAGGAUGGGAUUGAAACUAAUCAUUCCGAAUUGAAUGGAAUUUCAUCAGGUCCUAAGAGAUAUCAUCAAUACAUAUAUUCAGUACCAUAUUCGGAUCAUUCUUGCUUUUCUGAGAUAAAGGAAUUUGUUAGCUUACUCCAACCAGUCAAUCUCAAAGGUAUUGUAUUAAAAUCUCCUUUAUAUAUUGAUCCCCUUUAUCAUUUUGGCUGCCUUCUGGAAGCCGUCCAGCCAUCAGAGAGGAGACAGAAGUUCCGGAGAAUAGACAGUGAAAGUGGUGAUUCUGUACAAACUAGUACUGUUGCAGGAAAAGGUAACUCAACAAAAAACCGAAUAAGGAGAAGAGCACACCCUGGUUGUCUAGGAAUUCGUAUUAGAAGAGUGAGCUUAUUGAGAAGAUCACAAAGCGGUGCAAAAAUAGUGGAAACUGAUGUGUAAAUUUUAUGCUUUGUCAAGAUGAGGGAAGGAUUUGAGAUUAUGUACAGCUCAGAAUUAUUUAAAGAAUGCAAAAAUUUUAUGGUCCAGUGUUCUAAAAAUUCUGUCUGUAUCUGUUAAUGGUUACUGAAUGGCACAAUAAACUACGCUGAAGUACACUGUUGGAUGAUGGUUCAAAGGGAUCAUUGCAUAUCUCAUACUAAGAGAGUGAGCAAUAUCUCCUAUUCUCCUGAACUAACUGAAUUGCACUUCUCAAUUUCUUCGUAGCAAUCUUCUCUGCUUUUGUCCUUCCCUUUGCUUGAAGGAGGAGGUUCAUUUAAGGGCUUCGACAUCAAGUUGUAAAGGUAUUUUUUACGUUAUGAUCGGUCUCUUUCUCCACUCAGUUUUAUAACAGGCA